AAAACCGAGUGCGGUGCUUUAGCAAUCCAGAUGUUGAAAUAGACUCGGAAAAGACAGCCAAGGACACCACAAAAUCUGUCUGCAUUUGAGCUGUUUACUCCUUUGCCUGGAAACUUCCUAAAGAACUCACUGAACGAAAAAAUUAAAAAGGGAAGACUCACUCUCCAAGCCUGCAUGCAAGCGCCGGCAGCUGCUUAAUGUAGGGAUAGCAGCUACCACUGACAUUGGAGCUUUAUGUUGGCUAAUUUAAUAUUUUUGUAAGUUUUGUUAAUUUAAUUAUUUCUUGUUGCACCUGAUACGUCACCUCGUUGAAAUACUUGGGAUGGAAAGGAUUAAAAAGGUUUUGAUCUAAUAAGAUAUUCAGACAGAUAAUUCACUGCUUUGCAGGAAAAUUACUGUAUAGUCUACAUUACCAACAAGAGGAUAUCAUGGCUCUUCUUCACUUGUUGGCAGCUGUAAUGUUUUCAUUGCCCCUUUGUGAUGCGUUCUUUAUGGGACCUUUGUACCCCGAGAUGUCCAAUGGCACUUUCCAUCACUAUUUUGUUCCGGACGGCGAUUAUGAGGAAAAUGACGACCCGGAAAAAUGUCAAAUGCUCUUUAAAAUGACAGACAACAGAAAAUGCGGAAUGGAUGAAGACCAGGAUUCGGUCAUCCGGGACGAUUUCACAAUCAUUAAGCGACACAUAGAAGACGCGGCAAGAGUAUUGGAAGGAGUUGGGAAAAGCAUCUCUUACGACUUGGACGGGGAGGAAAGCUAUGGGAAAUAUCUGAGACGGGAGACAACGCAAAUCGGCGAGGCUUUCACUAACUCCGAGAAAUCCCUGCUGGAGUUGGAGGUGAAAUUCAAGCAGAGCCAGGAAAACGAACUCAGAGAGGAGCACCGAAUCAACGACGACUUUCUGAGCAUGAUUGUUCAUACCAGAGAUGUGCUGAAGGAAACAUUAGACAUCUCUCUUGGGCUGAAAGACAAGCACGAGCUGCUCUCUCUAAUUAUCCGCAGUCAUGGGACCCGGUUAAGCCGACUAAAAAACGAGUACAUGAAAGUAUAAUAGGCUUUACAAAAACGAUGAUGUGGGGAAAUACUUUCUUUAACCUAUAUUUGCUCUUCGCCAAAUACAUAAAUUACUAAAAGGAAGAUUCUGCGCUUGUUUUUACUGAGCUGUAAAAAUAAACGGAAGAUUCCAGCAAUGCAGUCGCUACUAACAAAAUGAAACAUUUAAUUUAUUAGCCAGGCGAAGCAGUAAUCUGCUUGAGGACAGAUUAUUGGUCAUCUUGUUCUGACCUUUUUUUUCUAUUUUGCGCCUGUUAAAACCAUGAGUAUAUUUAUACUAGAUAAUUGUGCUAGAUAUUAUUAUUAUUAUUCGGGCUAUUGCAAUUUUUUGAGAGGGCUGUUGCACGUCUGCGGUUUGACACAAAUUCAAGGCCACCUUCACUCGAGAUAACAUCUUAGAUGCAAACAUAUUUUAGAGGAUACACUCGAAUUCGGUAUUAAAAUAGUAUGUGAAGUGGUCGAGUUUCUGUGUGAUCGCUGAAGCCAAAACGAAAAUAACGAAUUAGAACCGGUUUGCAGGUAGGACUUAAUGUUUAGGGGAACUUAGUUAUUCAAAGCAAAUCCCUUUGCUGACUACAGAAUACAUCAAAAUCCUAAUGUUGGCGGUUCAUGUUGCAUUUUUUUUUCACUUGCUUAGUUCUGGUCGUUUUAUAGAAACCUAUAAUGGAUUUCUAAUGACCAAAGAGGUACUUUUAAAUAAUUCCGACUUAAAUGCAGAGCUUUUGUAAUAUUUUCCUAGGAAACAUGCCACCUCACAGUUUUACU